AUGGCAACUAGUCAGUGGAGGCUCUUGCUCGUCGCGGUGGAAUACUUCCCAAAAUGGGUGGAGGUCGAGUCACUUGCAAGGAUAAUGGCCUACCCCCAGAGCAACGGGCAGGUGGAAGUCGCAAAUCGGGAGAUCCUUAAAGGCUUACAAGCUCGGCUCGAACACGUCAGGGGCAGCUUGGUCGACGAGCACCCGAGUGUCUUAUGGGGAUUUCACACGACUCCAAAAGAGGCGGCCGGCGUAACACCAUUCCAACUAGUGUAUGGAGGAGAAGCGGUACUCCCCAUAGAGGUUGGAGUAGAAUUCGACCGGGUGCAACUCUAUGAUGAAGAAAAUUCCAAGCGGAGGUUAAUGGAGCUCGACUUGGUGGAUGAAUCAUGGGAUAAAGCCACUAUCCAGCUAAUGGCAUACCGACAGCGGAUGAGGCAGAACUACAACUGA